UACAGCUGUCACCACAGUCUGACCCCGAAGUGAGAUUUGUUGAAUUCAUGACCUUUGCUUCUUAAGUUCUCACAACAAUUCAGCUGAACUUGUCUUCUUCUAGUGACUGUCAGACUUUAAUCUUAACCAAAUAAUGAACUGUAUGUUUUUAUCCAUGUCUGAUAAUGAUUUUGAUGAUAUUAACAUAUUACAGGACAUUCGGUGACUCAGAGCUCUUUGACUUCAGAGGACACAAAGCAGCAGCACUGACACAAUGUCUGAGCUGAGGGUGGUUCUGCUGGGGAACAGCUGGUCUCAGAGGAGUUCAGUGGGGAACUUCAUACUGGGAGAGACUGUGUUCACCACCGAGGGAGAACCACACAGCUGUCUGAAAGUUGGAGGACAAGUAAAAGAGAGACACAUAGUUCUUAUCAACACCCCAGAUCUGCUGCAUCCCAACAUCUCCUUAGAAAAACUGACAGAACAUGUAGAUACCUGUGUGAGAUUCUCUGCUCCUGGUCCUCAUGUGUUCCUGCUGGUUCUACAGCCUGAAGACUUCACUGAUAAAAACAAACUGAGGCUGCAGUCAAUCCUUGAAAACUUCAGUGAUCAAUCAUUCGCUCAUUCACUGGUUCUGAUAGCACCACACAGAGCUGGGAGUCAAGGUUCCGUGGAAAGAUGCCUGCAGAAUCCACAUUUGAGAGAAAUGAUCACAAAGUGUAGAUCCUACAUAAUGUGGCCUGUUGACCAUCAACAGCUUUUAGACCUAAUGGACAAAAUGGUGCAGGAGAGCAAAGAACCUCAUGUGACCCAUGAAUGUUACAAAGAUGCAACAUCUGAUUUACCUGGUGAUCCUCAAGACACGACACAAGGAGAUGGACUCCAUAUAAACUUGGAUCCUUUCAGGGCUCUUGGGCUGAAACAACUGUCAGACACAGUGCAUUCAUUAAAAAAUCCACUCGCCCGCUUGCAAAAACCGUUGUCUCCAUCUCACACUCCUUCACCUGUGGAGAGCACAAGCCGCCAGUCCCCUGCAGUUUCAACACCUACAGUCAGGAUUGUACUGAUGGGGAAAAGUGAAGACAAAAUGACAAAGCUGGGUAACUUCAUCCUAGAUAAUCAACAUUUUAAUUUACUGAAACACUCCAAACAAGCUGUGGAGGCCUGGAGAGAGUGGAAGGGAAAGUGUCUUAGUGUGGUAAAAACUCCAGACAUGUUCAGUCUGUCUGUGGAAGCAUUUACCAAUGAGAUGGUGAAGUGUGAACAUCUGUGUCAACCUGGACCAAAUGUUCUGCUGCUGCUUGUGAAGCCCUCCAACUUCACACAGAAGAACAGAGAUACACUGAAGUUCAUCCUGAGUUUGUUUGGUCCAGAAGCUUUUAAACACUCGAUGGUCAUCAUCACACAUGAGUGGAAGGAAACUAAUUCUGCUCUGCGUCAGCUCCUUGAAGACUGUGGAGGAAGACACUAUAACAUGUCUGAAGACAACCACGGGUCAUUAAUGCAGAAGAUUGAGAACAUUGUGCUUAAAAACAGAGGAGCCUUCCUCACCUUCAGUGACGAGACCAUCAGACCACAGUCUGAACACAUCAGACCAGCUGUGAACCUGGUUCUGUGUGGGAGGAGAGGAGCAGUGAAGGCAUCAGCAGCGAGGGCCAUUUUAGGUCAGACAGAGUUUCCCUCAGUCUCCAACUCAUCAGUGUGUGUUCAGAGUCAGGGAGAGGUGUGUGGACGUUGGGUUACUCUGGUGGAUCUGCCUGCUUUGUGUGGGAAACCUCAAGAGGAGGUGAUGGAGGAAUCACUCAGGUGUGUCUCCCUCUGUCAUCCUGAGGGCGUCCACGCCUUCAUCCUGGUCCUACCUGUGGGUUCUGUAACUAAAGAAGACAAGUCAGAGUUAAAGACCAUCCAGGACACAUUCAGCUGUCGAGUCAAUGACUUCACCAUGAUUCUGUUCACUGUGGACUCAGAUCCUGCAGCUCCAGCUGUUGUUAACUUUGUUAGCAAGAACAAAGAUGUACAGGAGCUCCGUCAGAGCUGUGGAGGAAGAUACUUUGUUCUCAACAUCAACAACAAGCAGCAGAUCCCAGAACUGUUGAACACUGUGGACAGAAUUAAACCGUCCUGCUACACAGCUGCAACAUUAGCACAUGCACAGAGGGAUAAACUCAUAGAUCAAUGGCAAUGUAUCAACAAGCAACAAGCUGAACUUGAGAGUCUGAGAAAGAAAAACAACAUCACACCUGCUGAGGAACAGAGUCCAGCGUGUCUCAGGAUCGUGCUGGUUGGGAGGACUGGCGAUGGAAAAAGCUCUUCAGGAAACACCAUUCUAGGAAGAAAGGUGUUUAAAGCUGAAUUAAACCAACAUUCAGUUACCAAACAAUGUCAGAAAGAACUUGGUGAAGUGAACGGUCAGCCUGUGUUUGUGGUCGACACUCCCGGUCUGUUCGACACAACUCUGAGCCAUGAAGAGAUCAAUAAGGAGAUGGUGAAAUGCAUCAGUCUUCUUGCUCCAGGACCUCAUGUGUUCCUGUUGGUGGUAUCAAUUGGCAGAUUGACACAAGAGGAGAAGGAAACAUUAAAACUUAUCCAGGAAGGCUUUGGGAUGAAUUCUGAAAGGUUCACCAUCAUUCUGCUUACUGGAGGAGAUGCAUUAGCAGAUGAGGAGCUGUCCAUUGAAGAGUACAUAGGAAAGAAAUGUGAUGAUUCAUUUAAGAAUCUGAUCCGAGACUGUGGAGGAAGAUAUCACGUGUUCAAUAACCGGGAUAAAAACAACCGCAAGCAGGUCGAUGAGCUGAUAACCAAGAUUAACACCAUGGUGAAGACAAAUGGAGGCAGCUGCUACACUAAUGAGAUGCUGCAAGAGGCCGAGGCAGCGAUACAGAAAGAGAUGGAGAAGAUCCUGAAGGAGAAAGAAGAAGAGAUGAAGAGAGAGAGGGAGGAGCUUCAAAGAAAACAUGAGGAGGAAAUGAAUGAAAUGAAAAGAAGACUAGAAGAACAGAGAGCACAAAUUGAAGAGGAGAGAAAGGUGAGAGAAAAACAACUUGAAGAGAAGGAGAAAAGUAUCGAGAAAGAACGUGAGGAAAAAAGCAAAGAACGGGACAUCAGAGAAGAAGAAAACAGGAAGAGAAAACUAGAGGAAGAAAGUCAGAAACAGGAGUGGAAACAGAAAGUUGAAGCUUUGGAGCAAAAAAUAAAAUCAGAGACAGAAUCAAAGGAAAACAUUUACAAACAACUGGAGGAGAAUAGAGAAGAGAUGAGAAAAGAGCGAGAGAACGAGGAGAGAAAACAAAAAGAAUGGUGGGAAAAACGAUUUCAAGAAGAUGAACAGAGACGACAGAAGGAACAAGAAAGACUGAGAAAGCUUCAAGAAGAAUAUGAACAAAUAAGAGAAAAUGAUGAAAAGAAGAGAAAAGAAGAGGAAAAAGAGAAGAAAGAGAUUGUGGAAGAAGAGCGAGCAAGAAUUGAAGAGGAGAGAAAACUGAGAGAAAAACAACUCGAGGAAAUGAAGGAAAAGAUUGAGAGGGAGCGUGAGGAGAGAAAGAAAGAACAGGAAAUCAGAGAAGAAGAGAACAGGAAGAGAAAACAAGAGGAAAAAACUCAGAAACAGGAGUGGGAACAGAAAGUUGAAGCUUUAGGGCAAAAAAUAAAAUCAGAGUCAGAAGCAAAGGAAAACAUUAACAAAAAGCUGGAGGAGAGCAGAGAAGAGAUGAGAAGAAAGCAAGAGACCUGGGAGAGAAAACAAAAAGAAUGGUGGAAAAAACGAGAUCGAGAAGAUCAACAGAGACGACAGAAGGAACAAGAAAGACUGAGAAAGCUUCAAGAAGAAUAUGAACAAGAGAGAAAAUGAUGAAAAGAAGAGAAAAGAAGAGGAUAAAAUCAGAAGAGAACAAGAGGAAAAAGAGAAGAAACACAUUGCUGAGACCUACGAGAAUAAAUUGGAGAAUCUGAAGAAGACGCAUGAAGAAGAAGCCAGAAAGAAAGCUGAAGAGUUUAAUGAAUUCCAGAAGAAAUACACCGAGGAUAUUGCAGACAAGGAGAGACAGUAUGAGGAACAAUACGACAUCUUAAAGUCACUUUCAGCCCACAAUGAAGAACAACUGAGGAAAAAACAUUUCGAUCAAAUUUCUGACCUGGUGAAACGUGUGGCUGAGAAGAAAUGGAGACUAGAUGAAUUCACAGCUUUACUGGAUAAACAACAAGAGGAAAUGAGCAAGGAGGAAAAUGAGGAGGAAAAGAAACAUCUGCAGGAAAAACAUGAAAAGGAAAUGAGUGACCUGCUACAGAAACAUUUGAACAAAUUGUGUUCGAUUUUAUGA